CCCGCCCCCGACGACAUGGCCGUCGCGUCCGCGUGGGCCAAGCCCGGCUCGUGGGCCCUCGCCGCCGAGGAGCAGGACGACCUGCCCCCGCCGCCGCCGCCCGUCCCGGCCGCCGACUUCCCCUCCCUCGCCACCGCCGCCACCACCAAGGUCCCCAAGAAGAAGAAGCCCCAGCCCGUCUCGCUCGCCGACUUCAACAGCGGCAGGUUCGUCGCGCCGGCCUACCGCGGGCCCAGCCACGACGAGAUCCUCAGCCUCCCCACUGGCCCCCGCGAGCGCACCGCCGAGGAGCUCGCCAACGCCGGCCGCGGCUUCGGGGCGCGGUGGGGCGGCGCCGGCGCCGGCGCAGGCGGCCCCCGCGGCGACGACGAGCCCCGCCGCGGCGGAUCUGCCUCCCAGGACUUCGGCCCGUCGCGCGCCGACGAAGCCGACGACUGGGGCGCCGGCAAGAAGCCGCUCGAGAGGAGAGAGCGCAUGGGAGGGUUUGGCGGGGACUCGUCGAUGUCGCGUGCGGACGACGUCGACGACUGGGUCUCCACCAAAAGGGCGGCGCCCCCCGCGCCCAUGGAGCGGAGGGACCGUGGCGUGGCGUUCGGGGGCGACUCGCACUCCCGCGCUGAUGAUUCUGCGAGCUGGGUCUCCAACAGGGGUUACUCCGCGCCGCCGCCACCGCCUUCCGACAGCCGUAGGGGCGGCUCAGUCUGGGGUUUCAACAGGGAUGGAGGCCCAGACGCCGACUCUUGGGGGAGGAGGAGGGAGGAGGGUGGUUCAACCGGUGGUGCCCGGCCACGCCUGAAUCUGCAAAAGCGGACCUUGCCGCUGGCUAAUGGCACUGAUGGAGAGGGUAAGGAGGAUAAUAAGGAGGAGGAGGAGAAAGGAGAGCUGCAAGUGAAAAGCAGGUCGUCAAACCCAUUCGGCGCAGCCCGCCCUCGCGAGGUGGUUCUUGCUGCCAAGGGAGAGAUCGUGAGGAAGGAGGAUGAGAAGGAAGAGGAGACGCUGGAAAUUCAGCCCAGGACUAGGACUUCGAACCCGUUUGGCGCUGCCCGCCCACGUGAGGAGGUACUUGCUGCAAAGGGUGAGGAUUGGAGGAAGAUUGAUGAGAAGCUUGAGGCCAUGAAGGUGCGUGACGCACCACCUGAGAGGAGGUCCUUUGGGAGGAGAGGUUCCCCUGUCAGAGGAGAGGAGAAUGAGAGCCAUCCACUACCAGAGAGCCGCGUCGAGAGAGCCUGGAAGAAGCCUGAUGCAGUUGAGGCUGUUAGAGAAUCUGAAGAAGGGUCAGAUAAGCCUGAUAAAGUUGAGCCUGCGAGAGAAUCUGAUGAAGGAUCUGAUGUUACCGCAGAGGCUGUGCCAGCAAAUUAAUCUAUUCCCAGUACAUGCGAUGAGGGCACUUGGGAACCCAAGGAUUAAAGAUCUCUGAUAAACAUACUAGCCGUUCUAAUUUUUUUGCUGCUUGUGUGCUACAGUACACCGAGUCAAUUUUGCGUCUCUGUUUCUUUAUCUUUUUUAGUCCCCGUCAAUCGUAAUUUAUGGUAUUGAGAAUUUUGAUCUCGAACUUAGGUCUUAAGUCGUAGUCGCAAUAGUAGCAAUUCAUUCUAUUGUAUCUGGGUGUCAUGCUAUGUUGACAUGGUGAUGAUUUAUCGAUGAAAUAGUGCCUUUUCAACGUUGCUGUGGAGAUGCGGAGUGGUAGCA